AUGAAAUUAUAUCGAAAAGUAGAUUUUAAUGAUAAUAUGAUACGUUUUUAUGAAAUAACUAAAAUUCAUUCAGAUGUUGUUGAAACUUUGAAAUCAAUAAUUUUACCGAAAAAUACUCAUGAAACUAUUACAUCUAUUGAUCCGAAAACAUAUGAGAAUGAUAUUCCUAGUAAAACACAAUUAGAUUUAAGUCAUGUUACUACGACAGAAUUGUCCAAGUUUAUGAAUGAGUUUCAUGAAAGAAAUUUAGAAAGUUCAGUAAGCAAUACUGAUAUUAUUUUUGAAUCAGAAGCAAAAGCAAAUGAAGCAGCAGAUCCAAUAAAUGUAAUUAUGAAUAGAGAAAAUGAGACAGUUGAGAUAGCGGUCGCUUAUGAGAAUGUUCAAUAUAAUAAAAAAAACUUGUGGUGCAUUAGAUUUAAAAAAUUUGCUUCAAGUAGUAAUAUUAAAGAAACCUUUGAGAAGAUUAUUAAAGACUUUGAUAGUUGUUCAAUUCAUUUAAAAUUGGCUAGAUCCAAUACAAAUAAACAAUUGAUUUCAAUUUUAAGUUCUGAUAUUAUCGAAAUGAAGAAAUUUCUAGACAAUAUUGAAGGUG